AUGAAAUUCCUGUCUGUCGGGGCCCUGGCCUUGCUGGCAGCGCAGGCAGCAGGGGCUUCGAUUAAACACAAGCUCAGUGGCUACACGAUCACAGAGCAUCCGGACCCUGUAAAGCGGGACUUGCUGCAGAAGAUUGUUACCUGGGAUGAUAAAUCCCUCUUCGUCAAUGGCGAGCGGAUUAUGAUUUUCAGUGGCGAAGUCCACCCCUUCAGACUUCCCGUUCCCUCCCUGUGGAUCGACAUCCUGCAGAAAAUCAAAGCGGCCGGGUUCAACACAGUUUCGAUCUACAUCGACUGGGCCCUGUUGGAAGGAAAGCACGGCGAUUACAGAGCCGAUGGAGUUCUGGCACUGGAGCCGUUCUUCGAUGCUGCGAAGGAGGCAGGUAUUUACCUCAUUGCUCGUCCUGGUCCGUACAUCAAUGCCGAGGCCUCGGGUGGUGGCUUUCCAGGAUGGUUGCAGCGGGUCAAUGGCACUCUUCGGUCGGCGGAUAAGGCUUACCUGGAGGCUACCGAUAAUUACAUUGCCAAUGUGGCUGCUACCGUGGCGAAAGCUCAGAUUACCAACGGUGGACCGGUCAUCCUCUACCAGCCUGAAAACGAAUACAGUGGCGCCUGCUGCGGCCAGAAAUUCCCCGAUGGAGAGUACUUCCAGUACGUGAUUGACCAGGCCCGCGAUGCCGGAAUCGUCGUUCCUAUGAUCAGCAACGACGCGUAUUCUGGCGGGCACAACGCCCCGGGCACUGGCGUUGGUGAGGCGGAUAUUUAUGGCCAUGACAGCUACCCGCUUGGAUUUGAUUGUGCCAACCCAACGGUGUGGCCCGAAGGUAACUUGCCUACCGACUUCCGUCAGAAGCAUCUCGAACAGAGCCCUUCAACGCCCUACUCUCUUCUCGAGUUCCAAGCUGGUGCUUUCGAUCCAUGGGGAGGACCAGGCUUCGAAAAAUGUGCUAGUCUCGUGAAUCAUGAGUUCGAAAGAGUCUUUUAUAAGAACGACCUUGCUUUCGGAACGGCUAUCCUGAACCUGUAUAUGACAUUCGGUGGAACCAACUGGGGAAACCUCGGACACCCCGGUGGCUACACAUCCUAUGACUAUGGGUCGCCGCUGACAGAGACCCGCAACAUCACUCGGGAGAAGUACAGCGAGCUCAAGCUCAUCGGAAACUUUGUCAAGUCUUCCCCAUCUUACUUGCUGGCCACUCCUGGGAACCUCACUACGGGCGUGUACACAGAUUCGUCCGACCUCUCCGUAACUCCUUUGAUUGGCCGGGGAACUGGCUCGUACUUUGUGGUUAGACACAAGGAUUACAGCAGCCAAAACUCCGUGUCGUAUAAAUUGGAGGUUCCUACCAGUGCUGGCAAACUGACAAUCCCUCAGCUGAAGGGAUCUCUCACUCUCAGUGGGCGUGACUCCAAGGUCCACGUUGUGGACUACAAUGUGUCCGACACCAACAUUCUCUACUCUACCGCAGAAGUGUUUACCUGGAAGAAAUUCGGUAACACCAAGACCCUGGUCUUGUACGGUGGGCCUGGCGAGCACCACGAGUUGGCCGUGUCCGGUCGAUCGAGUGUGAAGGUCAUUGAAGGACCCGAGUCCGGCAUCGUGUCCAAGCAGAUCAAGAAAGCCAUUGUCAUCGGUUGGGAUGUUUCGACUACCCGUCGCAUUAUUCAGGUUGGAGACCUUCGGGUGAUUCUUCUUGACCGAAACUCCGCCUAUAACUACUGGGUGCCGCAGCUCCCUGCGGAAGGCACCUCGCCCGGCUACAGCACUCAGAAGAACAUUGCCUCGUCCAUCAUCGUCAACGCCGGAUACCUCGUCCGGACGGCCUACUUGAAGGGCAGCGACCUUCACCUUACUGCCGACUUCAAUGCCACCACUCCGAUCGAGGUGAUUGGAGCCCCCAGCAAGGCCAAGAGCCUGGUCAUCAACGGCAAAAAGGCCAGCCAUAAGGUAGGCAAGAACGGCAUUUGGUCCAGCCAGAUCAAGUACAAUGCCCCCGAGAUUAAACUCCCGGACUUGAAGAAGUUGAACUGGAAGUAUCUGGAUACUUUGCCCGAGAUCAAGUCCUCGUACGAUGACUCAAAAUGGCCUAAGGCAGACAUCAAGAAGACCAAAAACACUCUCCUUCCUCAGAAUACCCCGACGUCUCUUUAUUCGUCUGACUAUGGCUUCCACACGGGGUACCUGGUCUAUCGCGGCCACUUCAAGGCCAACGGCGACGAGAGCGAGCUUUUCAUUCGCACCCAGGGCGGCUCGGCCUUUGGGAGCGCUGUCUGGCUAGACGAGACCAACAUCGGCUCCUGGACCGGCCUGAACAAGAACAAAGACUCCAACGCUACGUAUGAACUGCCCAAGCUCAAACGCGGCAAAUCUUACGUGUUCACCGUGGUGAUUGACACCAUGGGUCUCGACGAGAACUGGGUAGUCGGCACGGACGAGAUGAAGAACCCGCGCGGAAUUCUCAACUACAAGCGCUCCGGCCGGGAUUCCAGCGCCAUCACCUGGAAGCUGACCGGCAAUCUCGGCGGCGAGGACUAUGUCGACAAGGCCCGAGGACCGCUGAAUGAGGGUGGCCUCUUUGCCGAACGUCAAGGCUACCACCAGCCGCAGCCGCCCAGCAAGAACUGGAAAUCCGGCAGUCCUUUCAAGGGCCUGUCGAAGCCCGGAGUUGCCUUCUAUGCGACCCAAUUCGACCUUGACAUUCCCAAGGGCUGGGACGUGCCGCUGUACUUCAACUUCGGCAACAGCACCGAGGCGGCAUAUCGAGUGCAGCUCUACGUCAACGGAUACCAGUAUGGCAAGUAUGUGAGCAACGUCGGCCCGCAGACCAGUUACCCGGUUCCCGAGGGUGUUUUGAACUACCGGGGAACCAACUAUGUCGCGUUGACAUUGUUUGCGCUGGAGUCGGACGGAGCGAAGGUGGAGAGCUUGGAGUUGACGCACACGACGCCGGUGUUGACGGCGCUGGGAGAGAUCAAGGCGGCGGAUCAGCCGAAGUAUAAGGCUCGCAAGGGGGCGUAUUAA